AUGACCAGAUGUAACGUCUUUAGCGAGACCACGUUUCGUGUCCACGUCAACGAGGCUCUCCAGGUCGGUUUCGGGAUGCAGGAACUUUUCACCUCUGGGGUCACACCCCCAUUGAAGGCGCUCCUCCAGAGCCUCGAUGUCACCAUUUUUCCCCACGACGUCACCAGCACUGGCAAGACGCCCACCAUUUGA